ACGACACAGCCCAACGGAAUUGGAACCCACGUAUCCAGGCACCCACAUUCCAGAGAAAACCCCCCUGCCCAGCUCAUUUCUGGGCAGAUCCUGAAGGAAGCGCCAUGUUCUGCUGCUGCCUACCGAAGCCCAGAGGAUGCAGGCAGAGGAGAGCUCGCCCGCCAAACACGUCCCCCCACUGGGCAGGUCGUGUCAGGCUUCCCCGACGACUCUGGCCCUUUGGCAAAAAGAAUCAAAAGGCCACGGAUGAACUAGGAAGGAGGCGGGAAGACACGCACUCCUCCCCGACCCCGGAGUCCCCGGUCCUGGGAAGGCCUCCGGUACCUCCCAGAACACUGCCCGCGGUACUCCACUGGACUGCGGUCCUGGACACGGAGCCCACGGAGGCCAAGUCCGAGGCUUCUCCAGUGGAGGAGCUAGACCCACUCCCAACUUCAGCAACUCCGGAGGGGCACAUGGUGUCUGGAGUCACUUCGGCGGGAGACCGGGAGCCCACAAGUGCCGGGGCGCCUGCCCACGAAGAUGCUGAUGCUGUCCGGGGAGAGCUGGCUCCUGCUCCUGCUCCUGCCCCUGCUCCUGCCGCUCCCCCUUCCCCUGCCCCUGCCAGAGCGACUCCCACUUCCCCUGCCCCUGCCUGGGCUCCUGUUCUGGCCCUUGACCCAGAUCCUCCCUUGGUCCCACCCCUUCCCCGACCCCUCCCUGGGCCCCUGUUCCUGCCCCAGACCCAGCUCCUGCCCUUGACCUCGCCCAGGCCAUCACCCCUGCCCUUGCCCCAGCUCCUGCCCCUGCCCCUGCCCCUUCCCCCACCCCUAUCCCUUCGCCUUUCCGUGCCAGGGCCACUGCCCAGGCACCUGCCCCUGCACCGGCCCCAGACCCAGGUCCUAACCCUGUUCCUGCCCUUUCCCUUGCCCCUUCCCGUGCCCCUGCCUGGAAGGCCUCCACUUUCCCUGCCGGUGCCCCUGUUCCUGCCCCAGACCCAGCUCCUGCCCUUGACCCUGCCCCAGUCAUCACCAAGGCACUUGCCUCAGUUCCUGCUCCUACUCCUGCCCCUGCGUCUGCCCCUGCCCCUGUCCUUUCUCUUUUCCCUGCCAGGGCCACUGCCCCUGCACUUGCCCCAGAACCAGGAACACGCCCCCUUCCCCUAG